CUGUGAGCACACACAGAUGCCCGAGGGGUGGGUGGCUGUGUUGGAGCCGCCCUGGGGUGUGGCGGCCCCAGCAGUGCCUUUAAAAGCGGGGCUGAGCUGGGGCGAUCUUGGAGGGAGACGCGCACGGAGACCCAGCAGGACACCCACCCUGACACCCUGCUGAGCCUCAGAACCCACAGGUGAGUCUCACAGGGCUCUGCCACUGUCCACAGGUGACUUGGGGACCAGCUGGGAGAGAGGGAUGGAGAAAACCUGAGGAGCAGAUGGGAGGGACAAAGAGGACCCACCAAGAGGAGCCGAGGGGAUCUGGGCCGGGCCAUGCUCUGGGGAUGGGAACCCAGCUCCAGCUGUUUGAGUUCAGGGGGGAGCUGGAUGAUGCUCUUGGCUGUGUGCUUUAGUUUUCAGCAUCAUUGCAAGGAGCAAGGAGAGGGACUUGAGCCUUAUGAAUCCCUCUGCCUUGACUGUGGUUCAUGGGGAUUUGGGUUCCAGCCAGGAGACAGGGAUGGAGAAAACCUGGGGAGAAGGUGGAAGGGGACUUGGGGACCCAAAGGGAGGGACAGGAGAGUGUGAACUGGCCAUGGCCAGGGCUGAGUGCCCAGGCCACCCUCACCACAGCCUCGCAUGUCCCAGUUUGGGGGCUGCAGCUCCCCCAUGUCCCCACCCCUGCUCGGUCUCUCCACAGCCAUGAAGGUGACGCUGUGCCUCAGUCUCAUCCUCGCCCUCGCAGCGACCGCCUGCCUGUGCCGGCCAGCAGCAGAGGCACCGGGUGCCUUGGGGGACCCCCAGCAGCCCCCCCCCAGCCUGGUCCGGCGGGACUGGCCCGAGAACCUGGCCCAGGAGCAGCAGCACCUCUUGUCCCAGUUCCUGCCCCACGUCCUCGCAGAGCUGAACAAGCACAAGGCCUUUGUGCACGGGGAUGAGGGGAUGGAGGCUUUGCACGACCACUACUACCCCGACUGGAUGGACUUCGGCCGCCGCAGCGCUGAGGACGAGGCUGGUGCUGUGUAGCUGCUGGGAUGGGCUGGCCAUGCAGAGCCCUGGCACAUUCAGUGUGUCCUUUCCCACAAUAAAACUCUGGCACUACGGCCUCUGCACUCUCACUGUGCUGGGGAGAGCCGGGGAGGGAGGGCAGCGGGGA